UUUUUAAAUUCUUUGCUGUUUUUAUAUCACAUUCCAUUUCCAUUCAUUAAUUAGUUUACCAACAUUAAUCAUCUCAUCCUCUUCUUCUUGCUUCUUUUGGCACCAAAAGACUAAAAGAGACACCCCAUAACAUAAAUUUCCAAUUGAUUUUGGGGUUUUGGAGUAAGUGCAGUCAGAGGUUUUCUUGUUUUUUGUCUGGUUGUCUUUGUUUGUUUAUCUGUUUCGUUUGAUUCCUCUUCUUUCUCUAUCAGUCUUACAACAAACAGGAAGAAAAGAAGAAGAAGCUCUGUUUGUUUCUUUGUUUGUUUGUUAUUUUUUCAAUUUUUGAAUUUUAGGAGGGAGAUUUUUAGAAGAUGUUGAGAUGAUUAUGCCUCUCACUGCCUACUCUUUUCAUAUUAAAAAGGUUGGUAACUUCAAGCAAGUACAUCGAUGCUGGGUGUAAACGUAACUCCUCCUCCUCCUCCUCCUCCGCUUGAAAAAUACAAGAUGUACAACUCACCGGUCACUCAUUUUGAUUUGAACUUAAGUGAUGAGCGUUCAAAGACUAGUGGAAGACAAUGCAAUUCUGGAAGUCGGUUGGAUUAUUCUCAUGAAUCUCUGACCGAUGAUAAUGACUCUGUGUUAGAGGCGAGCACCUCCGAUGGAGAGGUUAAAAGUCUUGGAGCUUUUCUUAAGAUGGACAAAGUCAAUCCUCACAGAAUGCAGCUUCAGCGGGAGGUUGAGAAAAUGCAGCAAGAGCUAGAGGAAGAGAUGGAACUGCGCAGUGUCUUAGAAAAUGCAGUUGAGCUAAGCGAUUUAACAUCAUCUAAUUUAACAUGCAUCCCAGAACAUGCCAAGGAACUCUUAUCUAGUAUUGCUCUACUGGAGAUCACAGUUUCAGAUCUCGAGGAAGAGAUGAUAUCUUUGCAGUGUCAGCUAAGUCAAGAAAGAAACGAGCGAAAACUCGAGGAGUACCAUCAGAAACGUUCAACUUCACAGUCACCAUUUCUUCAGUCCCCUGAAAAUAUAAGAAGACUGCAUUCCUAUAGUCCAAGUUCAAGGUGCUUAGAGCCCUCCGUUGCGUUGUCUUAUAACUCUAGAACAUUGUCACGCCAAAAGCGAAUGGAUGACCCAUCGGAAGAUAUCUGCACGACAUCAUUUGUUAAUUCAAUGAAUCUGUCUAUAGAUGAAUCUGGGCCAUCCGUCAGAGAUGAAAGUGUAUUUGCGAAAAAUCCUCAACAUGUAAGUUCUAAAGAGGGGAUGCGGGUUGCCGGCCUUUCGGAUCAGCCUAAUAAGCUUUCCGAGGAGAUGGUAAGGUGCAUGAAGAAUAUUUUUAUCUCCUUGGCAGAUUCUUCCACUUUGUCAGCCAAAUUACGAGCACUGAAAAUGAACUGCCCGUCAUUCUCUCCACAAUCUGAGUGCUCCACAAACUUAACAUGCGCACAGAACCCACAUGUUGAUACAGAGAAUGUCACUGAGUUGUUUGCUUCAAAGAAUGCAUUCGAUCCAUAUAAAGUUCGUGGAAAGUUAAGCUGGGCAGAUAUUGGAAUUUACGGAUCAGCAAUUGAGGUUUCUUGGAUGUCUGUUGGGAAGAAACAGUUAGAGUAUGCUGCUGGGGCACUACGGAGAUUUAGAUUGCUCGUUGAGCAACUUGCUGAGGUGGAUCCUAUCAACUUGGCUGACAAUGAGAAGUUGGCUUUCUGGAUCAACAUAUAUAAUGCGCUGAUCAUGCACGCCUACUUGGCAUAUGGAGUUCCCAAAACCGAUUUGAAACUUUUCUCACUGAUGCAGAAGGCACAAUACACAGUUGGUGGUCAUUCCUUCAGUGCUGCUGCAAUCGAAUAUGUCAUACUGAAGAUGCAACCACCAGUCCAUAGGCCACAAACCGCUUUAGUUCUUGGUCUUCACAAACUGAAGGUACCCGACGAGCAACAUAAUUACUCUAUCGAUGUACAUGAACCUCUGGUUGUUUUUGCGCUGAGCUGCGGAAUGUACUCAUCGCCAGCAGUCAGGAUCUAUACUGUGCAGAAUAUAAAAGAGGAACUUAAACAUGCACAGCGGGACUUCGUUCGGGCAUCAGUAGCUGUAAGCCGGAGAGGCAAGCUUCUGAUGCCAAGAAUGCUGUAUGAAUUCGCUAGUAAUUUCGUUGAUGAUUUGACUUUGAGGAUUUGGAUCUCUCAGUACCUACCACCUCACCAGGCUGUGGUUGUGGAACAAUGUAUUGCAAAGAGGAAACAGAGCUUCCUUGGAAGAAGCAGCACUGUCAUUGUACCUUUCGAUUCUCGAUUCCGCUAUUUAUUCUUACCCGUGGUUCCUGAUUCAAAAUUAUGUUCAUCGACACUCCAAUGAUAAUGACAGCUCCAAUUUGCAACAUCCUUAACUGUAUGUUGUAUGCCUGCAUUGAACUGCACAACUCCUCCAUGGUAAAUUUUACUGCCGCUGGGGCUAGCUGGGAAGUUUAAACAGAUAUUGAGAGCUUGAAACUGAAGUUGCUUGUAUAAUCUUCUGUCAUUUCAUCAGGUAUGUAAUUAAGCUCUGAUGUUUCGUUUUUUGGAGGUGGCAGUGUAUUAUAUCACACUUUGGUCUCCCUUUGGUCUGUCUUCACUUGGAGGCCUAUUGUCUCCUAGUUCAAACCAUGUAUGUAAAUUGUAUCUCCAACAUUUGGAGCUUGGUGAUGCACUAGAUUGCAAGCAGAAAUGCUUGCGUGCACUUGUAUUAUAUUAAUUGAGAGUGCAGUAAAGAGAAUGUGGCUAUGGUAUCAAUUUUGACAAACACUUCAUUGUUAUCAAUCGAUCAGUGUUUUGCCUUCGUAUCAGAAACAACAAUAAUGGGACUAAAAAUUGUACAGUGAAUUCAUUCUC